AUGAGCCAGAAGAACUAUGAGAAGCCAGGAGUGAAGCUUCCAGAUCUCCUUUCAGAUCUGCCACAGUUUCUGAGACAGCCAUACCCAAAUGUUAAGUUCAACUCCGCGUUUCCUCCAUUUACGACAAAUGUUCCUUUUAGAGGGGUAAUGGAAAGGGCAGGAUUCGACGUUUACAAGCCGGGAAAAGGACCGGCACACCGCCAUAGUGGGAAGAGCAAGCACAGUUCCGGAUCCAGGAUGGUUUCUGACAGUGGUCUUUUGUCUCCUAAUCCGCUAUAUAGCCGGAAGGGACAUGCCAAUUACUCCGAUCCCUCGAUUCGGCAUGCGGGAUCAGAAUCACGUUCUGCGUCGAAUCCCCCGGCCUCUCGGAGCAAUCCGAGCUUGUUCAAGAUGGGCGGGCGGUAUGCCCCGCAGCACACGGGGGAUCAGCUGCCUGAGGAGGCAAGAGGGGGUGCGCCGCGGGUGCGACAGCUACAGCAGGCGCGGCAGGGGCCUGGUGUGCGCGGUGGGCUGAGUGUGCCCAGUAGCCCUGGUGUGAUGCCUGGUGCGGUGCCCGGUAGGGCUGCCCCACCCCGCUUUGCUGCUAUAGGCUCGCCAGCCCUUUCCGUCAGGAGCAACCCGGCGGGAUAUUCUGGUCAGUACACACCGGGCCAGCGGAAGGUGAGGGUGCCCGAGGAGCAACCGCCGGUUGGUCCAUUUGCACGGGCGGGCGUGAGUCCGUUCCAGGACUCCGAUGAGGAGGACGAGGAAAAUGAGGCCAGAAAAAAUGUGGAGGGUGAGGUAAGAAAAAAUGUAGAGGGUGAGGCAAGAAAAAAUUUGGAGGGUGAGGAGAGAGGAAAUGUGAAAGAUGAGGAAAGAGGAAAUUUGGAGGAUGAGGAAAGAGGAGAUGUGAAAGAUGAUUUUACGAGAGAUCAAUAUGAAAGAAAUGAAUUUGAAAGAGGUCAAGAUGAAAAUAGUCAGUUUGAAAAUAAUGGAUUUGAAAAGAAUCUCAAAGACCAGAACGAGAAAGAUGAAAGGAAUAAUGAAUUUGAAAGAGGUCAAAAUGAAAGGGAUCAAGAAGAUCAAGAAGAUCGAGAUGAUCGAGAUGAUCAAAAUUAUCAAAAUGAUCACAAUGAUAAAAGGAAUGCUAAUCCUGAUAAUUCUGCAAGCGAUGGAGACUCUAUGGACUCGUUCGAUGCACAGUUUGAGCCGGAGGCCGACUCAGUGAAACAGCUUUUGCACAUGCAGAAGGAGGCAGCAGGUGGCAACGCGACGGCGACGUUUGUUGUGCCGGACAUUCAGGUAGGAGCCCAGUCCGCAGGUGAGAAAAAUGCCCCUCAGGGCGAUAUAUACGGGGGAGUUGGGUUUAAGAGGCUCAGCACGAUGCAGACGGAGGACCCGAAAAUAUACAAUUUGCCGAGAGAGGAGAGACGAAAAGGGGAUGAAGAAUGGGAUGAAAGAAGGGAUGCAAAAAGGGAUGCAGAAAGGGAUGAAAAAAAUGAGGUUGGACAAGAGGGGCACUGGGAUGAAAAAAUUUGGGAGGGUGGAAGAGGCGAAAAAAACCAGUCUGAAAAAUACAACAAGGUUGUCAGCGACGACGGCAAGGACUCGGCAGACAACUUUGAAAUGUCGACUAUCCAGGAGCAGGAGGAGGCCGAGGACACGCACACGGAGGAGAGUUCGCCUGUGUCGGCUCCGUCGAGUGCGGACACUUCGCCCCUGCAGGGUCUCGGGGUGCCCGGUCUCACGAAGAUGAAGGUGAACGCGUUGCGGUCGCCGGGCGAGUCGCCGGAGCUCGGUGGGGCCCCUGGUGUCUCACGGGGCAACCGCGGGGUGCACCGACACUCGCUCUCGCAGUCGUCGGUGUCCGCGGGAUGGCUUCCGGGGCGGGGCUCAGGGGAUUCCACCGGUUCAUCGGAGGCCGAGAGUCCCACCCAGUGUCUCCACAUCGGUGGCGUGGGGGGCAAUGAUGCUAAAAUUAUUGGCGCUGGCUCUAAUAUUAAUGCUAACUCUGGUGUUAAUGCUAACUCUAAUAUUAAUGCUAACUCUGGUAUUAAUGUUAACCCUAAUAUUAAUGUCAACUCCAAUAUCAAUGCUAACUCUGGUAUUGAUGCCAAUGCCAACACUAAUAAAAAGCACACAAACGAAAUCAAAUACCCUCCAGGCCAGGGCCCUUGCAGAAAAUGCAACCAGCCAAUCCUGAAAGGCCAGAAGUCGAUUUGGUCUAAAGACAGCCAGCUCUCGGGUCAAUGGCACCGCAGAUGCUUCUCAUGCUACUCUUGCAACCAGAAAUUCACUAAAGGGCAAUCCUGCUAUGUCUACAACGACCGGCCUUACUGUGAGACACAUUUCCACGAGUUGAAUGGCUCACUUUGCCGGAUUUGCGGCAAGGGAGUCGAGGGGGAGUGUUUGCAAAACGAGGUGAAUGAGGUUUUUCACACGAGCUGCCUCAAAUGCUGUGUUUGUGGUGCUGCAAUUAGGACUGAGUACUUCAUAUAUUGCGGCAAGGUUCUAUGUGAGAAAGAUGCAAACGAGCAGAUCAAGUUGAUCCAGGCUAAUAGUGAUAAACUCACCACCACCGAUAAGGUUGUCAAAAGACGGACCAGGUUGAUGCAUGUUUGA